AGUUCCUGUUAAUCGAGGCUCUGAAUAAGAUGUUGGCUCUAUUGGCACUUGUGGGAUUAGCAAUUUUUGUGAUUGUAACAUUUCUUUUUAAAAAACCUAAAAAUUUUCCGCCAGGGCCAACAUGGUAUCCAAUUGUAGGAAACUUCUACGCAAUGAGAAAUCUUUCCAAAGCGUUAGGAGGUCAACACAAAGCGUUCACAAAAUUAACAGAAAUGUACGACUCCAAUGUAAUAGGUUUAAAAUUGGGAGCGGAAAAAUUGGUAAUUGUUUCUUCAUUUGAAUUAAUAAAGGAAGUUGCCUAUUCACAAGAAUUUAAUGGGCGACCAAAUAACUUCUUUCUAAGGCUUCGAUCCAUGGGAACUAGAAAAGGUGUUGUAGGUACUGAUGGUGAUUUAUGGAAAAUACAACGACACUUUGUUGUUACUCAUCUUAAAUCGCUUGGAUUUGGUUUUAAAUCAAUGGAUACCAUGGUCCGAGAAGAGCUGGCUGAUAUUAUGACAAUCUUGAAACAGCAUAAAAAUGAAGAACUUAAGAUUGUGCCCAUUAUAUCCGUUUCCGUGUUAAAUGUACUUUGGAAAUCUUUGACGGGUUUAAGAUUAGAAAGAAAUGAUCCCAGUCUCAUAAAUUUAUUGGAGCUGCUAGAUAGACGAGCAUUAGCGUUUAAUAUGGCUGGCGGAGUCUUGAAUACUUUCCCUUGGUUGAGGUAUAUAGCUCCAGAAAAAUCUGGUUACAAUGUUAUAGUACAAUUAAACAAAGAGUUAAAAACAUUGCUUAUGGGAACUAUUAACGAGCAUUAUAAGACAUGGAAAGAAGGCAGAGAUGAUGAUUUAAUAUAUUCGUUUAUAUCCGAAAUGAAAAGGAACAAUGGAAAACCAACUACAUUCACAGAGGAUCAACUGUUAAUGAUUUGUUUGGACAUAUUUAUUGCUGGAUCUCAAACAACAAGCAAUACGAUAGAUUUUGCUAUUCUCAUGAUGAUUUUGUAUCCUGACGUUCAAGACAAAGUAAGAUGUUGUUUGAAUGAAGCAUUUGAAAAGUCAGAGGAAAUAACAUUCAGUGAGAGAGGAAGGGUACCGUAUGUUGAAGCAGUGGUGUAUGAAGUUCAAAGAUAUUGUCAUGUAAUUCCAGUCAGUGGUCCAAAAAGAGCCAUGCAAGACACUCAUUUGGGAGGUUAUAGUAUACCCAAAGACACAACCCUACUUUUGAAUUUCUAUUCCAUAAAUCAAGAUGAAAGUUAUUGGAAAGAUCCUGAAGUAUUUAGACCAGAAAGGUUUUUGGACGAAGAUGGCAAACUUUCUGUUCCUGAACGGUUUUCUCCUUAUGGAAUAGGUUUAAGAAGGUGCAUUGGUGAAAUAUUGGCCAGGUCGAGCAUAUUUAUAUUUUUCAGUGAAAUUAUUAGAAACUAUCGUCUGGAAAAUCCUGUAGGAGCGGAAAAGCCUUCUGAAAUAUUUAUCUCUGGGAUAACAUUAAUUCCCAAACAAUACAAAACACGAUUUAUUGAGAUUAGUUAAAUAAAUAUAAUGAAAUAACCAAAGCACGUUUUUAGUAGAGAAUAAAUUUUUAUUGUAUAAAUAAAAAUAUUAAAUAAUAUUUAUAUAGGUUUAAAUUAGUUUACAAAUUAUUAUAAAUGUAUGUGUGUUUUCGUUAUAAAUAAACAUAUUUUUUUU